CCUGCCCGCCCCCUCCGAGUUCCCCCAUAUCGCCCAUAGCUCCCUCACAGACCACCACAGGAGCCACACAGGGAUGGUGUCUGCCUCUCCAGUGAACGAGGGACCACUCGAGCCCGCGCCCAUCACGCCAGGCGGGACGUACUCACUCCAGACCGUCUCCGUCGGCUGCAAAGUCUACAUCCGCCGCCCGACCCAUGACGGCGAGGAAGAGCGCCUCGCCGAGGUCCUCUCCAUCCGCGACCGCCAAGUAAGCGCGUACGCCGCCGUCGCCCGACGCGCCAAGGGCGUCAAAGAUGAGGAGGAAGACGCGGCCGUGAACGCGGCGGACCAGCGCGAGUUCUUCGUGCACUGGGACCAGUUCAACAAGCGGCUCGACGACUGGGUCCUCGGCUCGCGCAUCGUGCUCUCACGCGAUCUCGAGUGGCCACGCCCGAAGCCGCCACCGGGGAAGAAGGGCGCGCACACGAAGACGCCGGCGCCGAGCAAGGUGCCCAAGAGCCAGGCUCAGAGCAAGAGCAAGCAGAGCAAGAGCAAGCACACGAGCAAGAACCAGAGCAAGGCGUCGUUGCUGAAGCGCGCUACGUCCAAUGCGGCCGCGGCCGCGUCGUCCCCCGCCCCUGCUCCCGCCGGCACACUCGCUCCCGCCGCGCUCAAGGCGGCACCGUCACCGUCACCCGCACCGUCGCCGUCGCCGACGGUGAAACACAGGAUCAUGCACGAAGAAGAGGAAGAGGACGACCCCGAUGCGGACGCGGAUGGCGAGAUGGACCUCGACGGUGAGGGCGAGGCAGACGCGGAGGGCGACCCAGACGGCGAAGCCGACAUGGACGUGGACGACGACGACGACGACGCGGACGCAGAGGGAGAAGCAGACGCAGAUGGAGAAGCGGACGCGGAUGGCGAACCUGACGCCGAUGCCGAAGGCGAGAACGAAAACGAAGGCGAGACCUUUGAGCUCAACCUCACCCCGGACGCGAACACCUCCCCUCCUCCCCCCGUAUCCUCGUUCAGCAAAGAAGCCGAGCUCGAGAAGCUGCGCACGUCCGGGUCGAUGACGCAGUCCGUGUCCGAGGUCGCGCGCGUGAAGAACCUAAACCGACUGCAGAUUGGGCGGCACGAGGUCGACGCGUGGUACUUCAGCCCGUACCCCCGCGAGUACGCGCACCUGCCGAUCCUGUACAUCUGCGAAUUCUGCUUGGGGUUCUACCCGACGCCAUUCAUGAUGGGCCGACACAGGGCACGGUGCACGCUGCGGCAUCCGCCGGGGAACGAGAUAUACCGGCACGAGGAUAUCUCGUUUUUCGAGCUGGACGGGAAGAGGCAGGUGACAUGGUGUCGGAAUCUGAGCUUGCUGUCAAAAUGUUUUCUUGACCACAAGACGCUCUACUACGACGUGACGCCCUUCAUGUACUACGUCAUGGUCCAGCGCGACUCGACGGGGUGCCACAUCAUCGGCUACUUCUCCAAGGAGAAAGAGUCGGCGGAGAACUACAACGUCGCGUGCAUCCUCACGCUGCCGCAGCACCAGCGCCACGGGUUCGGUAAGGUGCUCAUCGAGUUCUCGUACGAGCUCUCCAAGAAGGAGGGCAAGCUCGGCAGCCCCGAGAAGCCGCUCUCGGACUUGGGGCUGUUGGGGUACAGAGCGUACUGGGCAGAGACGAUCGUCGAGCUGCUGCUGAACCACCAGGACGACGAGAUCAGUAUCGAUGAUAUCGCGCAGAAGACGAGCAUCACGCACGCGGAUAUUAUGAACACGUGCACGACGCUGCAGCUGUUCAAGCACUACAAGGGACAGCACGUCAUCUGCCUCUCGGACGCGGUCAUCGAGAAGCACAAGGCGAAGCGCCAGAGGCGCCGCCGGCAGAUCUACCCCGAGAACCUCAUCUGGAAGCCGCCCGUGUUCACGCGCGACCAGCUGCGGUUCUACUGAGCGGUCGUCCCGCCUCGCGCCUCGUUCUCGUGCUCGUGCGCGCGCGUUGAUGCAGCCUGCUUGGGGUUUUUGUGCCUUUUCGUUCGAUGCAGCUGCGGCUGGGGAUCCUCCCCUAAUUGACAUUGUCAAUGCAAUCUCGCGAUCCUUGAUUUCCAUCCUUGUUUUUCGUUUUUCGUUUGUUUCCUCGUUUCCUCCGUCAGCAUUUGUCACAGGUUUACAUAGUGUACAGUACCGUGUAUCAUUAGUUCAGUCCACUUUUCGCCUCGCCUCACCUGCAAAUUACAUCUGGGACUCUUUUGAAGCGCACUUUACGUAGCUUAAGCGGUACUUGCUUUGGCUAUAUGAUAGGUGCAAUGCAUUCCUUACUCUACUCUAGACACGCUGCUCUGCGUCGUACAUAUACCUUCGUCGUAUGUGUACAAGAAUGGCGAGCUCGUCUUUCUAUAAUCAUAUCGUGUCCCGUCCUAUAAGUACGUUUGGCGUACCCGCCAUCUAUGAUUGCAUAUCCCGUCCUACGAACGCAUACACUCAAGCACCGAAAAUGCACACAUACACAAGCACUUGGAGGAAUCUACGCAUAAUCGCGCGCCGUCAUCGUCAGCCCCGCCGGCGCCCUCCUGCGGACCGUCGGCGCCUCGUCCUGGCUCUCGCUGCCCGUGCCCGUGCCCGUGGUGGCGACGCUCUCGGCCGAGGAGACGCGCUCGAGCCGCGCGCGCGUGAGCACGGGCGAGGGCGGCUGCGACGCGGCGGGGGAGAACACGCCGACGCCCGAGAGCGGCGCGGUGUCGUCCGUCGCGAAGUAGGCCUCGGGGUGCUCCGCCGCUCUGUCUUCCUUGGUGCCUGCACCCGCCGCUGCGCUGCCCUGGGCUUCUGCCGCGCCUGAGAGGCGGGCGGCGGUGCUAGAGCCGGGUUGGCUGUCGGAAUGGGAGAUGACGGAGAAGCUCGAGCCCGAUGUCGAUGCGGAGACGGAGUCGGUGGGGUGUUGUUGCAGGGGCGCGUCGGCGGAGGAGAUGCGGAUGGCAGGGAUGGAGGGUUUAUCGGAUGUUGCUGCUUUGGACUCGUCGACGACGCCGAG